AUGGCUCAGUCUUCAAAUGGCACAAACAACUUCAAAGUAGUUCUCCUGGGAGAGGGCUGCGUUGGGAAGACGUCAAUCCUUUUACGUUAUAUUGAAGACAAAUUUAAUGAGAAGCAUCUAUCUACUUUGCAGGCAACAUUCCUCAAUAAAAAGUUGAACAUUAACGGGAAACGAAUUAACCUGUCUAUUUGGGAUACCGCUGGCCAGGAGAGGUUCCACGCCCUUGGUCCUAUCUACUACAGGAACUCCAAUGGCGCUAUACUCGUUUACGAUAUCACCGAUCAAUACUCCUUUGUAAAGGUUAAGAAUUGGGUGAAAGAGUUGAAGAAAAUGCUAGGCUCUGACAUAGUGCUGGCUAUCGCAGGGAACAAGAUAGACCUGGACCACGAGAGGGCUGUUUCACUUGAGGAGGCUACACAAUACGCGGAGCAAGUAGGAGCAAAGCACUACCACACAUCGGCGAAAAUUAACGAGGGUGUGGAGGAAUUAUUCCUCAAUCUGACCAGGGAUAUGCUGGAGCGGUACGAGAGUAAGAAGCAGACCGAAGUGACCAGGUCGUCCAGGGUAUUGGUGGUUGAUGAUGAGGCGCCACCGCCCUCGUCAUGCUGUUCCAGCUUUAUGGGUGCCUAA